AUGGCGAGGGGAAGCAUGCAGGGUGCGAAGGAGGGAGGGAAGGGGCGCUCCUGCCAGCAAGGCGCUCGUGCACUGCAGCCGCUCAGCAGAUUGCAGGUGAUCCUGCAGCAUGUGAAAAUGUCUAAGCAUACAGAUUCUACAGCUGAAGUGUUGUUGGAAAAGAGAGGAGGAGCAGGAAUAAUAACUUUGAAUAGACCCAAGGCUCUCAAUGCAGUAAAUCUUUCUAUGGUCCGACAAAUCUAUCCACAAAUAAAGACAUGGGAGCAAGAUCCUGAAACUUUUCUAAUAGUUAUAAAGGGAACUGGAGGAAAAGCUUUUUGUGCUGGAGGUGACAUCAGAGCCAUCACGGAUGCAGGAAAAUUUGCAAGUAGUCUGGCACAAGAUUUCUUCAGAGAAGAAUAUACCCUGAACUAUGCUGUUGGCACUUGCAAGAAGCCAUAUGUGGCACUUAUUGAUGGCAUUACAAUGGGAGGGGGAGUUGGCCUCUCAGUUCAUGGACAUUUCCGAGUUGCUACGGAAAAGACAGUCUUUGCAAUGCCAGAAACAGCAAUAGGCCUUUUUCCUGAUGUAGGUGGAGGAUAUUUCUUGCCAAGACUUGCAGGAAAGAUUGGCUAUUUCCUUGCACUAACAGGAUUUAGGCUAAAAGGAAGAGAUGUGCAAAAAGCAGGCAUUGCUACCCAUUUUGUAGAAUCAGCAAAGCUUCCUGCCUUAGAAGAAGACUUGAUUGCACUUAAAUCUCCUUCAAAAGAAAGUAUUGCAGACUUACUGGACUCUUACCAUGCGAAGAGCAAAAUUGAUCAAGAAAAGGAGUUUGUACUUGAUGAACACAUGGAGAAGAUUAACAGUCUUUUUUCAGCAGGUACCAUGGAAGAAAUAGUUCAAAGAUUGAAACAAGACGGUUCUGCUUUUGCCAUUAAGCAGCUAGAGACCCUUAGGAAGAUGUCCCCGACGUCCUUGAAGCUGGCGCUCCGGCAGCUGCGGGAAGGCGCUUCCAUGAGCCUGCGGGACGUCAUGGCCAUGGAAUACCGGCUGAGCCAGGCCUGCAUGAGAGGCCAUGACUUCCACGAAGGCGUUCGAGCAGUGCUGAUUGACAAAGACCAGGCCCCGAGAUGGAAACCAGCUGCUUUAGAAGAAGUCAGCGAAGAAUUUGUGGACGACUGCUUCAAGCCUUUGGGAAACGAUGAUCUCCAGCUGUAAAGG